AUGGGACUUGUCAAAAGUAAGUAUUAUUUUGUUUUGUUUCUUCUUUUUUCCUAUCGCUAUCUUUUUUCUUUUCUUCUCUUUUCUUUGUCUUUCCGAAAACUCCCAAAAUAUUCUUUUUUUCAGAGUUCUCUUCAACUCUGCAAACUCUGCGUACAAAAAUGUCAACAACCGUUCAAGAUGUCAAUGUAAGUUUUUUUUGCUGAAAAAUAGCUAGUUUUUCAUCACAAAGAGAAAAAACAACAGAUGUCGAAACACGUGUGUGUUUUUUUUUUGAAAAAAAGAAGAAGUUAGAACUCUGGGGAUUUAUAUUUUUAAUAGGAUGAAGCUUGAUAGAAAAUAUUUUAUGGCUUAUCGUCUCUUAGUUAUGCGAUGCCCAGUGAGUUUAGAAAAACCGAAAAAUGGAAAUAAAUAAAUUCAUUUUAUCGAAAAAUGAGAAUUUCACGUGAUAGUUCACGUUUUCAUAUAUUUGAAAAUUUUUGAAAUCCAUGGUUCAUUUUCAAUUUUGAGAAUGUUGCAAAAUCUCAAUAGAAUUCGCACUUAAAAAUGUUUGUUUUAUAAUUUUUCGGCCAACGCAUUGGUUUCUUUGAUCAUCAUUUGAGCACGUGAAAGUCCUAACAAUUGACCUUGUUCACUCUUCCCCGGCUUUUCUCGUAAAUAUUGACAUUGUUUACCAUUUGAUGAUUUGCGUUUGCGUCAGUCAAAAGUUAGAAGAAAAAGAAGAAGCAAAAUGGGACCGAAUCAUGAAAUGUCGAGUUAUUCAAGUAGAAUGAACCGUGAGAAAAAAGGACAAAGUUCUUGUGAUUUCAGCUUUUUUUUCUUAUAUAUUCAUUCUUAUCUCAUCUCAAAUUUAUCUAUCUAUCAAUCUAUUUAAAAUAUGAAACAUGGAAAUGUAAUUGUUCCAAUAAAUCAAUCUAUCAUUGAAUUGACUGUUCAAUCAGCUCGACAUUCGAAAAAUCUUUGUGAUAAUUGUUGGAUUCAUCGAGAAGAUAAUAUUCGACCAAGAUCACAAAGUUUUCAUGGAAAACAAAGUCUUGAAAUUGAAGAGAUUGUGGAGAAAAAAGAUGAAGAAGAAAAACGAGAACCCGAAAAUUGUUGGGAUGAAAAAUCAAUUCACGGAAUGGAAUCUGAAAACUUUGAAGAAAUUGUUGAAAAAAGACUUUGUGAUCGAGAAAGUUCAAUCUGGCAAGUUCGAAACGUUAUAACACCAAGAGAAAAACCGAAAAAAAAUUUGGAUCAAAAGUUUUUCCAUUCUCCGAUUUGUGUUGAUGGUGUUGUUCGAGUUAUUCGACGAGCUUCUUCUGCAAAUGAUGUUUUUAAUCGAAAACCUGCUUGGUUUUUGGAUUCUGAAUCAAAUACUACAAUUGAUAAAGAUGAAAAUGAGAAUGAAAUUGAAAGAAAAGAAGUUGUAGAAAUUGAAGAGAAUCAUAAUUCGAGUUCAAUUUUUUGCGGAUCAAUUCGAAGAUUUUUUGGGUGGUGUUUUGAUGCCGAGGUAUUAAGAUAACACUUAAUUAGACAUUAAAACUCGAAUUCAAAUAUUGAGGGGAAGAUCAUAAAAGUUUAUAAAAAAUGUUUUCAAAAUACAAAACCUACCUUCAAUUUCCCAAUUACUUUAUUUUUCAGGAGAUCAAUGAAGCCGGAGAUUCAGUCGGAGAUGUCAAAACCACUUCGACACCAAAUCGUGGAAGAUUGGCCAGAAGAAUGACAAUCGAAGAGGAACAUGCUGGAGAUUAUUUCAAGUUAGUUUGUUUUUCGGAUUUGCUAUUUUUUCGGGGCAAAAAUGUGUUGUUGUAAACAGUUUUUGAAUAGAGAACACGUUAAGGUAUUUCUCAAAACCCCUUUGUUUUCCAAAUUGUAAAAAAAACAAGUGAAGUAUUUGAACUAUUGUGAGAAGUUUGCUGUUUUGCACUAUAAAUAUUUUUAUAUUUGCGCCACAACAUCUGUUCUUUCUUUUUCUUUUUUUUUGAGUUAACCAAAGUUUGCAACAAAUAUUUCAGAAACAAAUAUCUGUUCAUAAAUUCAAAUCUAACCUUUAAAAUCUAUUUCGCAAGCCUUUUUUGUCUGCAAAAUUGCAUCACUUUAUUCACAUUUGCGCACCGCCCUUUAUGUGCUUUUUCUUUUUUCUUCUUCAUUUUUGCAUCAUUUCGAAUGUUUUCGAAAAUCGUUCGCGAUUUGGAUUUUAUUUUGCAGAAAAGUACAUCGGCUUUUAAAUUGUUUUUCUGUUCCGAUGAUAUAGAAAAACAUUUUUUGUAACAGUUUUGAUCUUCUGAUUAAUAGGGCUACAGUACUUGAAUGUUCUUUUUUUAAAAAAUAAAUUCACCAAUUCUGAUGUUGAAAUUCUGAACUAUCGAUUCUUUAGAAUUAAUUUUGAGUAAGAUGUGCAGGCGCCUUUUUGGAUAAUCUUAUAUUUCAGGUAUCCUAAAUACAUCAGCUUGCACGGUAUUUUCCGUAGAUUUUGUAGAUUAUUUUGCGCUUUGAAAUUUACUAUAAGCCUAACAGAACUGAGCGAUUUUGUAUUAGUCUUUGGGCUUCCACCUUUAUAUAGUACAUCUGACAAAUAUUUUGCGAAGUUUCGAAAUCGACAUGAUUUCAAAAUUUCAAUGUAUUGUUAGUAAAGUUAUUUUGUAUCAUUUGAUUAAUAUCAUUCCCCCAUUCCCUCAAAAUAUUGUGGCUGUUCAUUUUUCUCGUCUUGUUGACGUUGUCCUUUGAAAAUCAUAGCGCAGGCUUGCGUCUUCUCAUUUUUCGUUGUCUCGUUUCUCUAAUUCUCUAUAUCUAUAUCUAGUCGGGGAAUGCCCCCUCAUUCAGUCAGUUCUCAGUGUUUUUUCCCCUGCUCACUUUUUUCUCGCUUCUUGUUUUUCCAUUUUUUGCUGUUUCUUCCCCUCUCAAAUUCGUUACUUACUUACAAGUCUUCUUCUUUUCCUUUCUUGAUAAAUAUGUGUGAAUUUAUAAAUUGUUUAUUGACAGCUGAUUAUGGGUUACUGUAGCUUUUGAGAAAACGUGAAUUUCUUCAUUUUCGAAUUUGUUCAAUCUCGGAUUUAGAAUUUUGAGGCUUUACUAAAUUAGAUUAAAUGCUGUCAUGGUAACACUUGCGCUUUUCUGUGUAUCAUUUUCUCUCAAUUCUUUCAUUUUUUCAUUUUGUAGCUUCUUAUUGAAAAAGCUCUAAACUCGUCACAACGGGAGCUUUUACAACAAAACCUUGUGAGCAAAACGGAGCUGUAGAAGUAGUUGAAGAAGAAGAAAUACCAAUAGAGGAACCGAAAGUUAUUGUACCAGAAGAAUCUAAUAGAAGUGCUCCGAUUUGCGAAAAACCAAAACCAAAAACUUCAGAAGUUGUUGAAGUUGAAAAACCUCGAAAGAAUUCGACUCCACAAAGUUCUUUCGAAGAAGUUCCAAGUAAAAAAUCAUCGAUAUCUUCAUCGAUAAAUCAGAAACCAAAUAGUACUUCAUCUUUUCGUGAAUUGUUUUCAUACGGAAUUACACCAAAUAAUUCUGAAAUUGUAAGAGAGUGGGAAACCGAAGAAGUUGAAGAAGAAGACGAAGAAAACGAUUUGGUAACCGCAAAUAUGUCAAAUAAUAUGGAUGACAAGUUUAGAAAAGAGUUGGACUCUGUUUCUUACGAUAAGUAUGUUCAUUGUUCUUCUUGCAAAGCUUAUUGCGAAAAGUUAACAAAAACUGAAAAUCCGUGACCUUAACGUGUUCUCUAUCUCUAUUCAAAAAAGAAAGAAAUCAAUCAUUUUUGAUCCAUCAUUCAUUUAAAAAUGCCGUCAAUUUUUGCAAAAAUAUUUCCAAUGAGACCAACUAGAUGUUUUGGUUCAGCAAAAAAACAUGCAAAAAUAGAUCAGGCACCGUUAGUUCCAAUCAAAUCUUCAUUAAAAUCAACUGAAGAAGAGGAACAAACUGUGUCUGAUUCAAAUCGGCCAAAACAAUAUGAAUGUUCGGUUUCUGGUUUUAAACAGAAACCUUAUAAAACAAGGUAAUAGGAAUUAUCAAACUAGAUAUGGAGUUAUUUCCAAUUUAGAAUUAUAGUUAAUUCAUUUUUUUCCAGACAAGAACAAAAAUUGGCAGUUGUUCCUGCAACAACUCACAUGGAACAUUUAUGCAAACUCGAUAUCCGUGAACCACCACAUCUUGUUCGUCAAACUGGUAUUAUUUGCACAAUUGGACCAGCAUGUGCAAGUGUUGAUAUGCUCCAAAAAAUGAUUUUGAACGGAAUGAAUAUUGCUCGUCUCAAUUUCUCUCAUGGUUCGCAUGAAUAUCAUGCUGGAACAAUUGCAAAUGUUCGCGAAGCUGCUGAAUCAUUCUCUGAACCACGUCCAAUUGGUAUUGCUUUGGACACAAAAGGACCCGAAAUUCGUACUGGAUUAUUGGCUGGAGGAGCGAGUGCUGAAGUUGAACUUGUUAAAGGAGCAUCGAUUCGUUUGACAACUGAACAAAGUUUUGCCGAAUCUGGAACUGCUGUCAAUUUGUUUGUUGACUACAAAAAUAUUAGCAAGGUAAAUUAUAAUCUAAAAACAAACAAUAAUCAAAAACUGAUUCUUGUAGGUUCUUGCUGUUGGUUCACGUGUUUUCAUUGACGAUGGACUCAUUUCUUUGAUUGUCGAAGAAGUUCAACCAGAAGCCAUUGUUUGCAGUGUUGAAAAUGGUGGAAUGUUGGGAAGCAGAAAGGGAGUUAAUUUGCCAGGAACAAUUGUUGAUUUGCCAGCCGUUUCUGAAAAAGAUAUCAAAGAUUUGCAAUUUGGUGUUGAGCAAAAUGUUGAUAUCAUUUUCGCUUCUUUCAUCAGAAAUGCUGAAGGAAUUCGAACAAUUAGAAAAGUUUUGGGAGAAAAAGGAAAGAAGAUCAAGAUUAUUGCCAAAAUUGAAAAUCAAGAAGGUGUUGAUAAUGUAGGUUUUCAAUUUAUCAAACUUCUAUUUAUUCAAACAAUUACUUCAGGCUGAUGAAAUUAUUGCUGAAUCUGAUGGUGUUAUGGUUGCUCGUGGUGAUUUGGGUAUCGAAAUUCCAGCCGAAAAGGUCUUCUUGGCUCAAAAGAUGUUGAUCUCAAAAUGUAAUCGUGCUGGUAAACCAGUCAUCUGUGCUACUCAAAUGUUGGAAUCAAUGGUGAAGAAACCAAGACCAACACGUGCCGAAGGAUCAGAUGUUGCUAAUGCUGUAAGUUUUGAACAAAAACAAAAACAAAAAUAUCGGAACCCUCUCCACGUCCAACUAAACAGAGAAUAGAACAUUUGGAGAAAAGCUCGAGAAUAGUUUCGGGACAACUUAGCGCACAUGAUUUAGUUUCAAUCAACUGCAACUCUGUGCCCCCAUCUGGGGUUGAACUUGUGACCUUUUUAUUAGAAAACACACAUUUAACCAACUCGGACAUCUAGACAGCCAGUUGCUAGGGUCAAAUAAUUGAAGAUAGAAAAAAGAAAAAUGUGUGUGUGUGUGUGUUGUUUGAAAAAAUUACUGUAGAUAAAAUUGAAAUGAUUUAUUAAUUUAUAGGUUCUCGAUGGAGCUGAUUGUGUUAUGUUAUCUGGAGAAACUGCAAAAGGAGAAUAUCCAUUGGAAGCACUUAAAAUUAUGCAUUAUAUUUGCAAAGAAGCUGAAGCAGCUGUUUAUCAUCGUCGAUUCUUUGAUGAAAUUUUGAUAAAUACACCAAAACCAACUGAUAUGUCACAUACAAUUGCAAUUGCUGCAACAUCAGCUGCAAUUACUUGUCAUGCUUCUGCAAUUCUUUUGAUUACAACAACUGGAAGAUCAGCAAUUCAAUGUUCUCGUUAUAAGCCACCAGUUCCAAUUUUGACUGUUUCCCGUGAUGUUGCCGUUUGUCGUCAACUUCAUUUGUACAGAGGUGUUUUCCCAGUUUUAUACAAAACUGAAAGAGAAAUUGAUUGGCCAACUGAUGUUGACAACAGAAUUAAUUAUGCAAUUAAUAUUGGAAAAGAUCGUGGAUUUAUUCACAGAGGUGAUUUCUUGGUUGUUGUUACUGGAUGGAGACAAGGAGCUGGAGCAACUAACACUCUUCGUAUUAUUACUGCUGAAUAA